AUGUUGUUCAAACUUGCCAUUACUAUAAUCGCCUCUACAGCGGGAGUUUCCGCUCUAGGUAUCAACUGCGAAGGCAGCGCCUACUGCUCCGGUGUGUUGGGCAAUCCCGGGGCCAACGACGAACCGCUACCAGACAUGGUGGACAUUAUCGACUAUGGGAUUGAUGACAAUCGAUGGUAUGCAGCAGGAGAGCAUAUUGCCUGUGAUCAGCCGUCUGGUGUCUGCGCCUUUGUACAGAAGACUAGCGGUGCCAUGGGUACUGAUAUUGCUCGAGUUGUCCGCGAUCUCGCAAACCAUGGCUGCACCGUUUGUGGAAGUGUGCCCUUGGGCUUUCCUGGCACCAACGAUGUCAAUAAUGGAGAGGUGACUUUCAACUUUGUUGGGUUGGACGAUAUGGGUAGCUGCAGCGGUCUUUGCUAA